CCGGCGUUUGCGAAACCUUCAUCUACCUCGCUCCCCGCGGGUGCUGCAAGACUCUCAGAUGAAGACAGGGUGCCUCUGCUUGGGAACCAAGAGCAAGAGCGAAGGGUAGAUGAUGCUGGUGGUGUGGUGGAAAAUGCAGGCACGACCAAGGAGGAAGCUCCACAACCAAUAAAGCACGAGAGGGGCGCGGAUUUGCGCUUGUUGAACUUGAAGCCGUACGGAGACGAAGAGUUACAACCAUUUACGUUUGUUCUCGUUCGAGCGGCGAGAGCACGCGGUUUUAUGACUCUGGAGGACGCAGAGAUCUUGCGGGUUGCACUUCUGCCGCUGAGCGGGUGGGCUCUCACAGCCGCAACGCUGGCGCAGGUAACAGUCCUCGUGUACGCGCUCGUAGUACUCCACAAUCGGAAGUUUUCAGAGCUGGAGCUCCUGCAGAUCGAAAUCGUGGAGGAGGAAGAAAAAGAAGUACUCGAGUUCUUGACAGAAAAUGCCGACGAUGAAGACAGAGUCAGGGAAUCAAUCGUCGAAAGACUUCUCCGUGGUCCAUCUGUCACCUCUAUUAAGGCAAUCGCAGAAGUACUUACUUAGUUGUAGAGAUACAUAACGAUAUGUAUAAAUAUGACUGCCUGAAUUUUCUGCACCUAAUUCUAAACCACCAAGGAGGUCGUACAACAAAAUUUUGAAUCACAGGAUACCAGUGCUGUUCAAAAAUGUAACGAAUAAACAAACAAACAGCAACAAGGAUAAUUUAAACAUUUUAAGUUAUAUCAUGGUUUAACUAAGUUGUAAUUGUAGUUGAUGAAAUGACAUCCACUGGCGCAGGAUCGAAGGUGGAAGUAGAAAUCAAAAGCAACAUCACGAUAAUCUUUUUGAGUAGACGAGAGUCUAAGCUUAUGACUCGUGGUCACGCCAUCUCUACCACCUCCGCCUCUGUGAGGAAGAGUCGCAUAACGGGGAGCUCUCGUAUCAAGAAAACAGAAAAUUAUUCGGACGCUCGCUCGCAGUAUCUUGACGCGCUUGGUUGGAACGAUGAUGAGGAGAAUGACAAGUACGAUACAGCCAUCACUGACCUUCUCGCAAUGUCGAAAGAGAAGUUAUGGCUCUCAAUGAUUCAUCAAUCUUCACUGAUUCUUCGUUGUCCUCUCACUUUCCUAAGUAGUACGAGAAUGAGAAGUUGAAGUAAGUACAACUACGACAUAAUGUUGAAGUAAGGGCAUCAAUUGUCGUGAAUUAGCUCUAAAGAAGCGAGCCUCUACACCAGACAAGCACAACGCGAAUGAUAUCAAGCUAACGGAGAUUACAUAUACGGACUCCGAUGAGGAUUACAGUGGGAACGACAACAAGUGAGAAUUGUUUUGGCAAAGAACCAUAUCGUAAUUAAAAACAGGGGUAAGCAAAACAUACACGACUCGAGUAAAGAAUUCAGGAGUCCCUUUUCGUUUUCCCAGUGAAUCGUAUCGCUGAGCUCCUCUGCAACAGCAACACCUGCUGGAGCAAUAUAAUUGAUUCAAAGUUUCUCCUACGUCGAG